AGAAUAAGUGAAUAACACACUUACACAGUAGCUCAGCAGCUAUGGUUGCCAGAGGUCGUGGAGGGGGCGGCGGCGGAUUUAGGGGUGGCAGAUGAGAUGGAGGGAGAGGUGGAAGAGGAGGUAGAGGAGGGCCCGGCGGAGGAAGAGGUGGUGGGAGUGCCAUGAAGCGUGGUGGAGGAAGAGGCGGCGGAAGAGGUGGAGGGAGGGGACGUGGAGGAAUGAAGGGUGGUAGUAAGGUUGUCGUGGAGCCUCAUAGGCAUGAGGGAGUGUUCAUUGCUAAGGGUAAAGAGGAUGCUCUUGUAACUAAGAAUAUGGUCCCUGGUGAAUCUGUAUACAACGAGAAGAGAAUUGCUGUUCAGAAUGAAGAUGGAACCAAGGUUGAGUACAGAGUUUGGAAUCCUUUCCGUUCCAAGUUGGCGGCUGCUAUUCUUGGAGGUGUUGAUGAAAUUUGGAUUAAACCAGGUGCACGUGUCCUCUAUCUUGGAGCUGCUUCAGGAACAACAGUCUCUCAUGUUUCUGACAUUGUUGGUCCUACUGGGGUUGUAUAUGCUGUGGAGUUUUCUCACAGAAGUGGUAGAGAUUUGGUUAAUAUGGCAAAAAAGCGUACUAAUGUUAUACCCAUCAUUGAAGAUGCCAGACAUCCUGCAAAAUACAGGAUGUUGGUUGGUAUGGUUGACGUGAUAUUUUCCGAUGUUGCUCAACCUGAUCAGGCAAGGAUUUUAGCACUGAAUGCCUCCUACUUUUUGAAAACAGAAGGUCAUUUUGUCAUAUCCAUCAAGGCAAACUGCAUUGAUUCAACUGUGCCGGCUGAAGCAGUAUUUGCACAAGAGGUCAAGAAGCUGCAAACAAGAGCAAUUCAAGCCGAGUGAACAGGUCACUCUUGAACCAUUUGAGCGAGACCAUGCUUGUGUUGUUGGGGGUUAUAGGAUGCCCAAGAAGCAAAAACCUGAUGCCUAGUAUAUUAGCUGCUGUUUUAAAUCUAACGCUUGUUGAGGGGCUUCUCUUUUCUUCUUCCCUACUUCCUUACAUUAGCCAGAAAUAUGUAUAUAUCUACUAUAAUAUAAAAGGCUUACUGAGGGUUAGGAACCCCAAAAUGUAUCCAUUUGUGUAAUGAUGGAUAGUGUUUUUCCUAUUAGAUUGGUAUGUGGGAUGGAAUAUUUUGUUGUAGAAAGUGGUUUUCCUGAUA